AUGGACGUUAACCAGUUGAUCAGUCAAGCUGAAAAGCUCUUCGAGCAAGGAAAUCAUGAGGAGGCCGUUGCGAAGCUUACUAAUGCUGCUCAGCAGAACCCCUCGCAAGACCAAAUGUCUACAAUUGAAAGGCUUAUUCAAAAGAUUUCUCAAUAUGUUUUGGACAAUGGUCACGAACAAGGUUCGCGUGGUAUUGGAAGCUCUUUGAUGAGCACACUAAUGACGGGUAGUGGUGGUGGCAGCUCCCAGACGCAGCUUGGAAAAUUGGCGUUACUCAGUACCAUCAUGGGUUCUUCUCGGAAUUCAAGUGGAUUUAAUUUAGGUUCCGUGGCUUCUCUUCUUGGUAGCCAGGGGGGAAGCUCUAACGGAGGUAGCUCAAUGGGUUCUAGUGGUCUGGCCUCCUUGGCCAGUCAAUUUUUUGGGGGUAGUCAAAACAAUCGGCCAACCCAAAACCAAUCGAGCAGUUCUUUUGGCAGUUUGGCUGCAAUGGCUAGUUCUUUCAUGUCUGGUAAUAAACAGGGGUCAAACCAAAAUGCAGGGUAUAACAAUCAAGGAUCAAAUUCUAACUCUGGCUCAUUCUUUGGCAAUCAAUCUUAUAAUCAGUCUCAAGGAAGCUUCCAACAGUCAAACAAUAACUCGAAUAACUAUCAACAAGGCAAUUAUGGCAACCAGAACUACUCUCAGCAAGGUUAUCACGGAAACCAAGGAUAUUCCCAGGAGGGAAAUUAUAACAAUCAGUCCCAGUCAUCAAACUAUGGAAAUCAAAGUCAGCAAGGCUACCAACAAAGCGGCCACAGCCAAGGUAACUCAAAUCAGUCUCAACAGUCUGGCCAGGGCUUCAAUUUUGCUGGUAACUUUGUUUCUAAUUCUAAUCAAGGUCAGGGCUACAACAACUCCAACCAAGGACAAGGCUACAAUAACUUAAACCAAGGACAGGGCUACAACAACUCCAACCAAGGCCAGGGCUACAAUAACUACGGAAAUAAUCAACAGGGAAAUCCUCAAGGUAAUCAGCAGGGAAGUCAACAAACUAACUCCGCUGGUGCUUUGAUUGGGGAGGCAAUUGGAAGUUUUUUCAACAAGAGAUAA